AUCUUAGCAUGUGUCCGUUCAGAGCGCUCGCCUUCCUAAUCUACUGUCUUCCACUUGUCAUAGACUGAAUGGUUCGCUGUACACCACUCCUACGGAAAAGCCAAGUAAGCGAUACUAACUAGACCGUGUAGAGGUAAGCGUAUUAUGUGUUACAGUCAACGAUGAGAGGGCAGAUUUAAGAAUCAGGAGGGAGGGAGUAGGAUAUGACUUUUUGAACAACUCGUGUCACCGCAACGGACGAGGUCAAUCUGAUUUCUGACGCGCUGCUGUGCGAGAGGACUCGUGUCUAGGCAUCUCGACACUACAUCCUUGGCACCUCGCUGGCGGCCUUGUCCAUAUCCUACGCAGUCUCGAGCAAGCCAGCGAUUGAGCCGCACGUUGAGACGAUCGAGCGUUACACCCUACGAGUGUAUAGUUGACGCCCUUCCACCGCCGAAGUUCUGAAAGCUUGCGUCUCAAAGUCGCCGUAGAGGGGUGUAGAUGCCGUCAGAGAGCUGAAGAACACUUGUCUCUUGCAACCAAGCGGCA